UCACCAGCGCCGAAAUUUGAAAGAGUAUACUUCUUAGCACUUCAAAAAUAGACCUGGUGUUCGAAACACAAAGUUAUUUUGGUAAGCGGGUGCUACCUAGAGUUUGGUAUUUUCGAGACGGAAUUUCUAAAUGUUUUCUACCAAUAGCUAGCUAAUUUCAAAGUGAGCAGCAAAGAUGGUGCUUCACCUUGAUAAAGAGCAUGCACUGUUGGAAUGGGUUAACCACCUGAAUGUGGACGUCCCGGUGCGGCGCAUCAACGAUUUACAGGAUGGCGUUUUGUUGUUGAAGCUCGUCUAUAAACUGAGAAAGGAAGAGCCCGCUAAGUCCUAUUUGGACCAGCCUGUUCAGGAGAGGCUGAAAGUGGUCUCUGACUUCCUGCAAGGUGACUGUAGGUGCAGCACAGAACGGGGAGCUCUCAUCUCUUGGGACAACAUCUGCAAUGGCCUAAACUUGGAGGUGGAGUUAUCCAAGGUGCUUGUGCUCCUGUACUACCAUAGUGUGAUCAACAACCAUGUUGACCUGAACCAACUGGAAUACAAGUUUGAGGUUGAGCUUGCCUCCAUGCUCCGCUUUGUUUUGGACAAUGAGAAUAGCCUCUACUUGAGUGAGAACUUGGAGAAAUAUCUAAGGAAGAAGCCCCUGUUUAGUUUCAACAGUGACAUCUCCAGUACCUCCUCAUCCUCCUUGUUCAACGAUGAGGAGUCCCCGGUUUUCCGGCGCAGAAAGAAGAUCGGUUCAGUUCAGUUUCUGGACCUACAAACUGUUGCGUCCUCGUCUGUCAGUUCUCCCCUGCAGGAUGUGAUGAACACUCCUCAGUUCCAGCUGAAGAAGCUGCAGAGGCAGCUGCGUCAGGAGAGAGACAUGAGGGAUGAGCUGGAGAAAGACCUGACCACCAGCGCCGCCACCCUCACCCAGAGAGAGAGUCAGAUCUGUCAGUUGCAGCACCGUAUUGAGAAGCUGCUGAGGGAACAGGCUGAGCAGGAGCAGGAGCCCCGGGAUGAGCUACAAGAACUGCACAGCAAGAACGAGGGGCUGCGCACCCGUCUCCAUGAGGUGCUGAAGGAGUGCCAGGCGUUAAAGACUAACUCAUCUCAGAUGGAGCGGAAGGUGGAUAACCUGACAGAGGAGAAUGGCACCCUUUCUGCCCAGAUGCGUGAAGUGAUUGCUCGGUUGGCGAGUGCUGAGGCUGAGGUGGACAGGCUGACUGAGGCCCAGGACUCUGCUCAGGGGGAGUGGAGCAGCAGACACUGCCACCUUCAGGCUGAACUCAACCGGGCCACUGCUCAGAAGGAGUGUCUGAAUGAACAGAUGCUGAUCCUGCAGAGCAAGAUCUCCUCUCUAGAGGACGAGCUGAGUAAAGCCAAAAUGCAGGAAAAAGGAGAGGUUAUGGGCCCUAUCUUGGAGUGGGAGCAGCUGAAACAGGAGCUGGCUGAUGCCACCCUCAGGCACGCAGAGUGUGAGUGCACCAUCGCCCGUCUGAAGGGGGAGAAGGAGCAGGCUGCCACCCUGCAUGCCCAGGAGAGGGCCUCGCUACAGGCAGAGAGCCAGAGACUGCAGGUCCUGGUGACUGAGCUCCAGGAAGCCCUGAGUGCUCUGCGGGCUGACAGAGAGGCUCUGGAGCUGGCCUCCAAGGAGGAGAGGGAGUCCCUGACUGCCCAGCUCCACACCCUGACUGCUGAGGUGGCCAGCCUUACCCAGACUGUACAACAAAGGGAGCAGGAGGUGAAGGCGCUGGGGGAGGAGGUGCAGCAGGAGUGCAUUCAGAGAGGGGAGCUGAACCUGGCUAUGGAGCGGCAGGAGAGGAAGGCCAGAGAGGAGAUCCAGGAGCUGACCAGCCACGUGGACACCAUGGGUGACUCUCUGAGGAGGGCUGAGGAGGAGGUGCAGGUCAGGGAGAAGCAGCUUACCAAGCAGCAGCAGGAGAGCGCUCUACAGAGGGAGGUCCUACAGGAGGAGAUGGCUGCAUCUGAGAAGGCGUUAAAAGAGCUGAAGGAGCAGGAGGAGGCCGUUAGAGAGGAGGCCACUCGACUGCACCAGGAGAUAACUGCACAUGCUACGGACCUCUGCAGCCUGAGGCAGGAGCACACUGCUCUGCAGGAACAAUUGGCUAGGCAGCAAGAGGAGAUCUCCCUAGAAAAGGAGGCGCAGUCCGAAGCCCACAGGGAGAAGGAAGCGGUGAGGGAGGAGCUCUCUCGUCUCCAGGAGGAGGUGAGGAGCCUGGGGGAACAGAUGGCCCAGCUGGAGGAGGCUCAGAGGGAGAAGGAGUGUCUCCUCCUCCAGUCCACAGAGAACAUAGAGACCCUCCAGACAGAGAGAGCCACUGCCUCGUCUCUCGCUGAAGCCAAAGACCUGGAGCUCAGCAGCCUGAGAGAGGAGGUGAGGGCCAGGGAGGAGCAGCUAGCCAUGCAACAAGAGGAGUACCGCUUACAGCAGGAGGAGCUACGGGAGGAGCUUGCCGCUCAGGAGAAUGAAAUCAAUAACAUGAGAGAGCGGCUCGCUGGCCUGAUGGACCAGAUCUCUCUGCUGAAGGAGUUGUGUCAGGAGGGCAAAAACAUGGAGGCCCUGAGAGAAGAGCACACUGCCCAGCUGGAGCAGCUGCGGAUAGUGAAGGAGCAGGUCGAAGAGGUCCGGGAGAGGAAUGAGGAGACCUCGGCAGCUCUCAGGGAGAAGGAGUCGUCUCUCAGGGAGAAGGAGGAGAGCCUCCGGAGGCUGGAGGAGGAGCUACAGUCCACCACCUCUCUUGCCUCCCAGAGACGACAGGAAGAACUGACCUCACUCAAGGAGGAAGUCAUCUCGCAGCAGGAGGAGGUGGAGAGGAGGCGUGCCGCGGAGGCCCUGUCAGUUGAGGAGGCGAGGCAGUUGGCUGGGGAACAGGAGUCUAAACGUAUGGAACUGGAGGAGAGCGUGUCAGCCCUACAGCAGCAGCUGGACUCAGCCAUCCAGGACAAUGAUAGGAAGAGACAGGAGUAUGAGAGGCUGGAGCAGGACCUGGAGCACAGAGGAACACUGGUGGAAGAGCUGAGGCAGCAGGAGGAUAGCGCCAGACUGGAGGCCACUCGACUCCGCCAGGAGAUCUCUACACAUGUCAGCCAUCUGGAGGUCGUGCAGAGGGGGAAGGAGGAGCUAGCCAGGCAGCAGGAGGAACUGAGAGGGGAGGUGUCCCUUCAUCAGCAGAGAGCUUCAGUGCUCCAGCAGAGCCUGGAGGUGCAGGAGGUUGCUAUGAGAGUGUUAAAGGAGCAGACUGAGAGCACCAGAGAGGAGGCCACUGUGAAGAUGGAGGCCCUACAGGCUCAGCUGGAGGUAGUGUCGUCUCUGGCAGCAGCUAAAGACCUGCAGCUCAGCACUCUGAGAGAGAAGGCCACUACCUUACAGGAGCAGCUAGCUAAGAGAGAGCAGGAGAUCUCCCUUCAGAAGGAGGUGCUGCAGGAGGCCCACAUGGAGAAGGAGUCAGUGGAGGUACUGAGAGAGGAGCUGGCCAGGCAACAGGAGGAGCUGAGAGAGGAGUUAAUCCGCCAGCAGCAGAGAGCUCAGUCCUUAGAACAGAGCCUGGAGGAGCAGCAGGAGGCCCUGAAAGAGCUGACCGUGAAGGAGGAGAGAGCCAGAGAGGAGGCCACUCUGAAGAUGGUGGCCCUCCAAGCAGCUAAGGACUUGGAGCUCAGCACCCUGAGACAGGAGGCUACACAACUCCGCCAGGAGAUCUCCACACAUGUCAGCCGUCUGGAGGAGGUGCAGAGGGGGAAGGAGGAGCAGGAGGGAAACUCAAGAGAGGAGACAACUGUGAAGAUGGAGGCCCUACAGGCUCAGCUGGAGGUAGUGUUGUCUCUGGCUGCUGCUAAAGACCUGCAGCUCAACACUCUGAGAGAGGAGGCCUCUGUACUCUGCCAGGAGAAUGCCAAACGGGCAGCUGAUCUAAAGGACGUGCAGUCAGAGAAGAUUCGGAUGGAGAGCAUGUUGAGCGAGGAGCACAGAGCCUUACAGGAGGAGCUGGCCAAGGAGCAGGAGGAGCUGAGGGGAGAGGUGUCCCUCCACCAGCAGAGAGCUGCAGAGCUCCAGCAGAGCCUGGAGGAGAAGCAGGAGGCCCUUAGAGAGCUGAAGGAGCAGCUUGUCCAGCAGCAGGAGGACAGCUCCCUACAGAAGGUCUUGCAGGAGGCCCAGGCUGCAGCCCUCCAGGAGGAGGCGGUAGACGCUCUGAGAGGGGAGGUGACCCUCCACCAGCAGAGAGCUGCAGAGCUCCAGCAGAGCCUGGAGCACCAGGAGGCUGCCCUGAGGGAGCAGGAGGCGAAGAGCACAGAGGAGGCCACUCUGAAGAUGGAGGCCCUCCAAGCAGCUAAAGACCUGCAGCUCAGCACUCUGACAGAGAAGGCCACUACCUUACAGCAGCAGCUAGCUAAGAGGGAGCAGGAGAUCUCCCUUCAGAAGGAGGUGCUGCAGGAGGCCCACAUGGAGAAGGAGUCAGUGGAGGUACUGAGAGAGGAGCUGGCCAGGCAACAGGAGGAGCUGAGAGAGGAGUUAAUCCGCCAGCAGCAGAGAGCUCAAUCCUUAGAACAGAGCCUGGAGGAGCAGCAGGAGGCCCUGAAAGAGCUGACCGUGAAGGAGGAGAGAGCCAGAGAGGAGGCCACUCUGAAGAUGGUGGCCCUCCAAGCAGCUAAGGACUUGGAGAUCAGCACCCUGAGACAGGAGGCUACACAACUCCGCCAGGAGAUCUCCACACAUGUCAGCCGUCUGGAGGAGGUGCAGAGGGGGAAGGAGGAGCUGAGGGAGCAGGAGGGCAACGCAAGAGAGGAGACAACUGUGAAGAUGGAGGCCCUACAGGCUCAGCUGGAGGUAGUGUCGUCUCUGGCUGCAGCUAAAGACCUGCAGCUCAGCACUCUGAGAGAGGAGGCCACUACCUUACAGGAGCAGCUAGCUAAGAGAGAGCAGGAGAUCUCCCUUCAGAAGGAGGUGCUGCAGGAGGCCCAUAUGGAGAAGGAGUCAGUGGAGGUACUGAGAGAGGAGCUGGCCAGGCAACAGGAGGAGCUGAGAGAGCUGACCGUGAAGGAGGAGAGAGCCAGAGAGGAGGCCACUCUGAAGAUGGUGGCCCUCCAAGCAGCUAAGGACUUGGAGCUCAGCACCUUGAGACAGGAGGCUACACAACUCCGCCAGGAGAUCUCCACAUAUGUCAGCCGUCUGGAGGAGGUGCAGAGCGAGGGCCCCCUGAGAGAGGAGCACACUGCCUUACAGGUGCAGCUGGCCAAGCAGCAGGAGGAAAACUCCCUACAGAAGGGACUGCUACAGGAGGUGCAGGCCACAGUCCUCCAGGAGAGGGAGGCCAAGGAGACACUGAGAGGGGAGGUGUCCCUCCACCAGCAGAGCCUGGAGCACCAGGAGGCUGUCCUGAGGGAGGAUCUAGCCAGGCAGAAGGAGGAAGGGCAGGCAGCAGGCCAGGUGGAGAAGGAGUUGAUGGAGCAGUUCUCUGUGCUCCAGCAAGAGAAGGAGGCUCUGUUAACCCGGGCCCUCCAGGCAGAGCAGAACCAGAGCGAGCUGGAAGGGAGCAUGGCUGAGCUGCGAGCCCAGGCAGAGAGCACAGAAAGUGGCCAGAGACAACAGCUGGAUGCCCUGCUCCUGGAGAAGGAGAGGCUGACUGAGGGUAACCAGGUCCUGGAGAUUAAAUGUAGUGCCGCCCAGAGGCUGGAGGCUGUACUGCAAGAGGAACUGGCCUUGCUGAGAGAACAGAUGGAGGGAACAGAGUGGGAGAAGCAGGUCAGAGAUCUACGGAAACAACUUGCUGCCAACACUGAGGUAGUGGAACACUACAAAACACAGGUUGAGAAGGCCAAGAGCCACUACUCGGGGAAGAAGCAGCAGCUUGUGGAGUCUCAGGAGCAGGUGACGGAGCUGCAGCGCAGCCUAGAGGUCAGAGAGCAUGAGGUCAACGCUGUUACCACAGAGAUGAAGCUGCUGCAGAAGGAGCUGGAGAAGGCCAGGAGCAAAGAGAAGAGCCUCGGCUCCAAGAUCAACACUCUGGAAGCACAGCUUGCGUUUGCUGAUCGUCACCUUCGGGAGCAGAGCCAGGUUCGACCUGAGAGGGGACCAGGCAGGAUUGAGAAGAUGAGAGGGGGUAGAGAGAGUGUCUCCCUGAAAGUCCCCCAGAGCCAGACUCACCAGGAGAUCAGCGGCGACAGCCUGGACCUGAGCCUGGACGACUCCCUCAACACUACCACGAGGCCAAUGGAGCCUGACGAGUCCAGUACUCCCCUGGUGCGUAGCUCGGAGCGCGUAGCUGCUAAACGGCGUGCUCUGGGAGGGGAUUCACUGGAGACCCUCUACUUCACCCCCAUGAAUACCCGUCAGAUCAACAGGACCAGUACUGAGCGCCGGCUGGAGAGCAGCAUCACAUCUCUGGGAGAGCUGGCUCUGGACUCAGCCAGGAAGAGACCACCCACCUCCUCAGCUAGACGCCGAAGGACCACCCAGGUCAUCAACAUCACCAUGAGCAAGACGACUCCUGGUCGCAGAGGAGCAGGAGGGGAUAGUGACAACGAGACGUUCUACAGCCUGGCCUCCGUCCACUCCCAUCCCAACAUCACCGGAAGAACACACACUGCACGACCUGUCUCCAUGGAGAUCUUCCACACACCCGGAAAACCUGCCGUUGCGUUGAGCGAUCAGCUCCUCAGUCUCCCUGGAUACCGUCGUAGCACCGUCCACGUUGCAGCUCCACAGAGUACGGGCCAGUUCUGUGUGGGGGCAGAGAAUGAGCCUGAGCAUGCUGCUGAUGACUGGCUACGCAUCGCUGAGCUGCAGGCCAGAAACCAGUCCUGUCUGCCUCAUCUAAAGAGCAGCUAUCCUCUGGAGUCCAGGCCCAGCCUGGGACCGUCCUUUGAGUUCACCGACGAUGACCUGCGCAUGGGCGACCCCACGGAGACCAUCCGUAGAGCCUCUGUGAUGCCCGGACAGAUUCAGGAGUCUCUGUCAUCCCACCGGCUCUCACUCCACCCGGGACCGGCCGACAGCACCACGGCCACCAGGCCAGCCUACGGCUCUCACCGCCUCUCACUGAUGCCCCCCAAACCUAAAGCCAGCAGCACCCUGAACAACCAGAACACGCACAACCUCAGGGGGAGCAACCUGUCACUCAAACGCUCAGCCAAAGACCAGGAACCAGACACACCUGAGGCUAAGAGGAUGGCAACCAGCUGUUUCCCGCGCCCUCUUACCCCUAAAGGAGGUCGUUUCAGCUCAUCCAACAACCGCCAGCCUCUUAGCCCUGCUGAGCGGAGACAGUCCAUGGUGUUCUCCAUUGACAACACGCCUCGUAAGGCAGCUUCCAAGAGCGGCUUCCUACAGAGAGGCAUGAGUAAGAUUCGCAGCUCCACCCGUAAAUCCCCAGGGAACAAAAGCUCCCGUGUCCCGCGGUCCGGAGACGGGAAGUCUCCCCGCAGUGGAGCCGGGAGUGUGAAGUCCCCUCAGCCGGCAGGGAAGGCACAGAGGAAGUCCCCACGGACCAACAGCAGCAAGUCUCCAAAGAACCCCACCAGCGCACGCAAGGAACCUGAGGUGUUGGUUGGAAAGCCCAUUCAUCUGAGCAGAUGAACUUCAGGAGAAAGAUGUGAAUGAACAUCUAAUCGCCCUAAACACUUUAAACUCUCCCAAGAAUAAUCAUUUUAUGUGCAAUAAAUACAAGUGUACUUUCACCAGAGGUUAUAUUAUAUUUACUUAGUGCUAUUUUGGGUUUUAAUAAUUUGGUUUCUUUUGAGAUUUAAAAUCUCAAUGUUUUAUUUAAUUUGACCUCCUAAUGAUGUAAUUGUAUUAGUGAAGCCCUGUUCAAUGGGGUGGUGAGGUAUCCAAUACUGUUAUAGGUCACCUACUGUACGUGUAUACUGGUACACUGAAUCAUGAUGAUGAUGAUGAUGAUGAUGCAUUACACUUUGACUUUUUCAUCUCAUCUUCUUUGGCUUUUUAAACCUGCUUUAAACUUGCUUUAAAACCUUUUGUAUCAUAUAUACACACAUGUAUUAUCUUUCAAAUAAAAAGUAUAAAACAAUCUAGCAAAUAUUUUGAAAGGUGAAGUUUUGUGAAGGGAAUUCCACGUUUUACCUUAUGGCAGUGCGACUUAAUCCAAAAUAACGGUCUGGAUUUAAUGCUCAGAAAGAUUUCCAUUCUCAAAUACUACACGGUCAUUAAUUUGUGAGUAGGGUAUUCCACUGUAUAGUUUGGGAAUAUUUUCAAAGGCGUUUUGAUUAAAUUCUGUCCAGAAAGUCAACCUGCCAGUGUCUUAAUUUGGUACAAGUACCACCAGGCCAUAGUCAGCCUACCUACCUACUUCAACCCCCUGCCAUUUCACCGACAGCCCCAGAAUCUCUUCCCCGUCACAGGAGACUUGUGAUUUGAGCCUGUUAGUGGAACCGAAAUGGACUCAGUAUCACUGUCUGUAAGGCCCCUGAAACAAGUGUUUGAAUGAUUUUAGAGUCUGAUGACUCGUGUGUUAUCAUGUUUAAAUAAAAAAUGAGUCAUUGG